ACCUGGAAAACGCUCUUCAUACAUGGCUUUGGGAUCCCCAUUUCGUUCGCCUUCAAUCUCUCAAAACCCAUCUCUGAAAGUUAAUAUUUCAUCUUUGUUAGCUCACUUGCACAACCUCACAACUUCAAGCUCCAACAAUGAAGUUUUGUAUUCUUUCGAAAAACCCCUAGAACGAUCCUCACUUGCUAAAUUCCUCAAAGAAAACUGUCGAUCAGGUAACUUUACUCUGAAUGAAGCAUUGAACUUUUUUCAUUACAUGAUUAAUUCGCAACCCAUCUCUCCAAUUUCAUCAUUCACUACUUUGUUUAUUGCACUGGCAAAGAAGAAGCAUUAUUAUGAAGUGAUUUCUCUUUAUAAGUGGUUGAAUUCAACUGGGUUGUCUCCAGAUUUAUUGUAUUUGACCGUUUUGAUCGAUUGCUUGUGUGAGAUUGAAAGGGUUUCUGAUGGUUUUGCCGUUUUGGGGGAGAUUUUGAAGAAGGGUUUCGGCCCUGAUGCUAUGACUUUUAAUUGUUUGAUCAAAGGUCUGUGUGUAGAGAGAAAGAUUGUGGAGUCGAUGGAAUUGUUUAAGAAAAUGAUUGCUGUUGGUUGUAGGCCUGAUGUGAUCAGUUACAACACUUUGAUUGAUGGAUUGCGUAAAACGGGGAAGAUAAGUGUUGCCAUUAAGUUGCUUGAAGAGAUGGUAGAUGGGAAUAAAAAAUCUGGUGUUAUUUGUAGGCCAAAUGUUGUUACUUAUACUAUUAUAAUUGAUGGUCUUUGUAAGGCUGGAUUAAUUGAGAAGGCUAGAAAAUUGUUUUUGGAAAUUAAGGGUUCUGGAGUCAGUCCAGACACAGUCACUUAUAACACUCUAAUUCAUGGUUUUUGUUGUGUGGGUGAUUGGGAGAAAGGUAGAAGUUUAUUUAUUGAAAUGAUAGAUCAAGGUGUGAAGCCUUCUGUGGUGACGUUUAAUGUGCUCAUAGAUGAACGUUGCAAGAAAGGGAAAUUGCACGAAGCAAAUAGGUUGUUGGAGCUUAUGAUUCAGAGAGGUGUGGUUCCUAACGUUCGUACUUACAACAUUUUAAUCAAUGGAUUGUGUAAAACAGGGAAGAUAAGUCCUGCCAUUAAGUUGCUUGAAGAAUUGGCUGAGGGAAAUGAAGAAUCUGGUGUUAUUUGUAGGCCAGAUGUUGUUACUUAUACUACUAUAAUCGAUGGUCUUUGGAAGGUUGGAUUAGUUAAGAAGGCGAUAGACUUGUAUUUCGAAAUGAAGAGUUCGGGAACUACUCCAGACGUAGUCACUUAUAGCGUCUUAAUCAAUAUGCUUUGUAAAAAUGGACAACUAGAAAAGGCAAAUGAGUUGUUGUCACAUAUGGAGGAAAAAGGUUGUGCUCCAGAUGUAAUCACGUUUCAUACCCUAAUGUUCAGUUUCCUCAAGUAUAAUAAGAUACCAAAAGUUGUUGAACUCCUUCAUAAGAUGGCGGAGAGAAAUGUGAAGCCGACUGAAUGUACAAUGUCCUUAGUCAUGCAAUUACUAAUGAAGGCCGAAAAUUAUCAUGAAUGUUUGAACCAGCUUCUUCAAUUUCUGGUCCAAAAGCGAAAUUGAAGUUUUCAUAAUAAAAAUUUAUGGAGUGGUUCACUUUUUCAGAGCAGUAUCCUUGUCAGGAGAGCAUUAUUGACAUCAUUGAAAUAUGAAACAGCAAAAGCCUCAGCCAGCUGCAGAAAGACUCUAUGAUUGUCACCAUACGAAGAAUGCAGUUGACAUGAGAACAUUGCUGUCAAGAGAAAUAUGUUUUGCCCUGAUACAUGCAGUUAUUGUAACGAUGAUCCAUGAAGAUUUGGUUGAUAUGGGAUUUCAAACUGUCAGUGGAAUCUAUGAAGCAGCGUGGUCUAAAAAUGGACUUGGGUUACUCCCUUUAGGAUAUAUUCUUCCGAUUCCAAUAGGAAACUAUCCAUUCUGCAUAAUUACACUGACAAUUAUCUGCGCCAGAAUUAUUUGUUCCUGCUUCACUGACAUAUUGCUGUAUUCUUCGUAGUUACUCUGACCAAACUCCAGAAGCUUGGACUAUUGGUGAUGGUUUAAGAGUACCAUGUUACAUGUGUCCGAUGGCCAUAUGGGCAAUGCAAUGGGCUCUAAGAAGGCUGAAACCUUCUAAAAAUGAGAUGAAACCAGAAGUGAACGAAGAAUCUCUGUAUAGAUAUCAUGUUGGGUACUGUAAAGUUGCUUGCCUUCUAAAGGCACCAGAUGAUAAAGCGCAUAAAGGUCUUUAAUGGUCAUUGUUUGAUUACACUUGCUAGAAAAAGUUUAUGUAAUUGAUUGGAUCCUGUAAUUUAUUACUGUCAUCAAAUUUUGUGUACAGUAAGAGAUUCAUUAGAGAGAAAAUAGAAAUAUUGGUGUAUACUGCAGUGGGUGUAAGAAAACUAUAUUUGAGAUGUUAUGUAAAUAAUAUUAUUCUACUGGUGAAACUUUUUAGUUUUCCAGUU